CCCACCACCAGAGCAACCGCCGGGCCUCGAGAGCCUCCGUCGCUGCUGGCCUUACUCGUUCUCGGGCGGCCGGCGGGUUUCAGUCGCCCCCCGCCCGCCCGAUCGUCAGCCAGGGCGGCCGACCAGCCAGUUCGUCCCCCAGGCCGUUUUUUGCCCCUUCCUUUCCUCUUUCCCACACAAAACAGCCUUCGCCACAGCAUCUGAAGCAGACAAAAUGCCGUCGCGGACGCUCUCGACCCUGCAACGGGCCUCCGAGGGAGCCCAAGCAACGAUCUGCCGGGGAGAUGCGGCGACUCACCAGCGACGCUGCGCUGGGAUGCUGGUCCGCCGGCUCGGUCGCUGCCUUGGGCUUUUCUCUGUCCUCUGGUCUUCGUCCGUCCUCACUAUCGCGGCGUUGCUCUUGGUUGGAAAGCCUCCGUGCACUCGCUCAUGACUUCCAACAGCUCGUCCAUCCCGGUCAGCACCUCGGCUGCUGCCGAUCCAUGUGUCCAAAGCUUCAAUCUCACAGGAUGUUCCAGCGGCGGCUACGACUGCUGCUACGGAGGGCCAUGCUCUCCGCUGCCGUCGCGCCCAAGCUGUUCGCUACAGUGUUCCGGGAUCGCAAAUAGCUCGACCUCGUCGCCAUGGAGAUGCUCCAUGCGGCUGUGUCUGCAAGACAGCAGUAUCUGCUCGGAUGGCUCGUAUUGCGACGUCGUUGCCCAUUCGUGCCUGUCGCAAAAGGGCAUGCUGGAGUAUUGUUCGGUAGAUCAAGCGGCGUCCGCAAGCAGCCCCUGCCAGUCCGGCUACUGCUGGCUUGGCCGAUGCACCCCAAGUCCGGUCCUGGUUCUGUCGCUGAGCUCUGCGGCGCUGCUGCUCCUAAUCGCUGGUCUGGGCUGGAGCUUGCGCCAGUUCUGCCAAAGGCGAUCUCGCAGAUACCCCAAGGCCCCGAGCCCUCUGAACUCACUCAGCAGCUCGUCCGGCUCAUCGGGCAAAUGCUCCAAGUGGGGCGAUUCCCAUGACGCUGGCGACACCAUCGAGAUCGUGAGUCUCUCGCCGCACCACAAUGCAAGAUCCGGUUCAUGGGUGUCUCGCCAAAGUUCCCGGUGCUCAGGCGUCGAUUCCGAGCCCGCCGGAUGGGUCGCUGGCGACUGCGAUUCCGAUGCCAUGUCCCGAUCGUCUACCCUUCGGGUUCCCAGCGUCUCGGGCAUCUCCGAGUCUGAUCGCACAUAUCUCAGGUGCUUCAUCGAGAACCCUGGGGCACAUACGUUCCUUUCGCCAGCGACUCCCACGGCUCGGGUCUGUGCCGUCCCUUGGCUCGACUCUCCCGAACAGGGCUCUCCCAAGCACCAGGAUCCGGCACCCUCCCCUCGGUGGCCGAUGCUGUCGCCGUGCUUGAACAGCCCCACGAAUCCGCGAUGGACGGCCUCGGCAGCGUCGGCCACAUUCUCCGCCAGCCAUGAGAGCAUCAUGCUCACGGGCAUAAUCGAUUCCUAUGCCUUUGAUGAAAACGACGACGGCGACACCGGGCCCCACUCGAUAGCCCCUAUGCCGACCUCGACCUCGAUCUCGACCCCAGAGGGGCCGCCUGCUCUGGCGACGCACAAAAGUUCUAAUGUCGCCAUCGGGGAACCGGUUCUUCUGACCAUCCCAGGUCCGCCGGCACCAGCAAUGUCGGCCACGUACCCCAGGCACCUGCGAGACUGGGAUGCAGUCCAGGUUCACCGACCUCGGCUCACCCUGUCGUCGUUCCAAGAGCGCUGAAUUGGCAUCGGGGUGAUCACUCUCGCAGCCUACAUCCACGGCACAGUUCUGCUGUGAUCGAUACUCGCUAUCCGAUUCCUGGCGGACAACACUUUCAACCCUCCACAAUUACUUUGCACGAUCAAUCAUCUGUUCACAAGCCAUUUCUUGUUUUACUGCACACCCAAGCGAAUGGGACGCCCUGUUUGGCCAGGACUGUCGCUAUUUUCUGGGUGCCGAAUACACACCCAUCCAUUGCCCAUCAUGGCCGGGUGUGCUCACAAACAUUCUUUACAACAUCUUAUGUGCGAAUGUACUCU